UCCUCUCAACACAGCGACCUUAUUAAUGAAUAGGAGACCCACACUCACCCCCACCUACAUACUAUAUAGUAGUUGCAAUUUGAGGCAAGCCUCAAGUCCUAUGUAAUUGCACCACCAACUGUAAAAAGAGAAGAGAAGGGAGAGAGAGUAGCAAUAACCAUGGAAGGAUUACCUUAUUGCUUCUCUUUGGUUUUGGGGUGCUUUGGGGUGCUGGUUUUUACACUGGUUUUUCUCCAUUUUUUGUCAUUCUUCAAGAGACAUGGGGUUGUUCCUUGUGGGAGUGUUGGGUGGCCUCUGCUUGGUGAAACCUUGGAGUUUUUGAGCCCUCAUCCUUCAAACUCCAUUGGAGGGUUCUUACAUGAGCAUUGUUCUAGGUAUGGGAAGGUAUUCAAAUCCCACCUUUUUGGCUCACCCACUGUGGUCUCAUGUGACCAAGAGCUCAACUCUUUCAUCCUUCAAAAUGAAGAGAAGCUUUUUGAGUGCAGUUACCCCAAGGCUAUCCAUGGAAUUCUUGGAAAGUCAUCCAUGCUUGUAGUGGUUGGUGACACUCACAAAAGACUAAGGGGCUUGGCCCUAACACUGGUCAACACUUCAAAGUCCAAGCUUGAAUAUCUCAAUGACAUAGAAAACACUGCAAAAUUCAUCAUGGAGUCAUGGAGAGAGAAGCCACAAGUCAUCUUUUGUGAGGAGGCAAGGAAGUUCACAUUCAAUGUGAUUGUGAAGCAAGUUCUUAGUUUGAGACAAGAUGAGCCACAGACUACAAAAAUAUUGGAAGAUUUUCUCACCUUUAUGAAAGGCUUAAUUUCUUUCCCACUUUAUAUCCCAGGGACACCAUAUGCAAGAGCAGUUCAGGCUAGAGCGAGGAUAUUUUCGACUGUAAAAGCCAUCAUUGAAGAAAGAAGGAACACUGGCAGUUAUGCUAAUAAUGGGAGGAAUGAAGAUUUUCUGGAUAUUUUAAUGGGGAGUAAUACUUUGUGUGAAGAUGAGAAGGUUAGCCUGGUGCUUGAUCUCCUUCUUGGUGGUUAUGAAACAACCUCCUUGCUCAUGGCCAUGGUGGUCCAUUUCCUUAGCUUCUCACCCUUGGCUCUUGAACAACUCAAGGAAGAGCAUCAAAAUAUAAGAGGCCGAAAACGAAACGAUGAGUACUUGAACUGGGAAGAUUACAAGCAGAUGGAGUUCACUCAGAGUGUUGUUAAUGAAGCCCUGAGAUGUGGAAAUAUUGUCAAAUUUGUGCAUAGAAAGGCCCGCAAGGAUGUCAAAUUUAAAGAUUAUUUAAUACCAUCAGGCUGGAAGGUGCUGCCAGUUUUCAGUGCAGUGCACCUUGACCCAACCCUUCAUGAAGAUGCACUUCAAUUCCAUCCAUGGAGAUGGGAGGUUCAGGGCCCUCCAAGCAAGAAAUUUACACCAUUUGGCGGAGGACCGAGGUUUUGUCCAGGCUCCGAUCUUGCUAAAGUUGAAACUGCAUUCUUUGUCCACCACCUUGUACUUAAAUUCAAGUGGACAACUGAAGGAGCAGACCAUCCAAUGGCAUAUCCCUACGUUGAAUUCCAAAGAGGGUUGCCUCUAAAUGUUCAGCCAAUUUUAUCGCAACCUCCUUUCUGACAGUCGGAAUUGUAGUUCUAGUUUUUGUAUUAAUGAAAGCAUUAGAAUAACAGUAGCAAAUAUGAUAGUUUAAAUCCUCAGUAGAUCAAAAUUAAAUAAUUUGUAGAAGAAAUAUCUCCCAUU